AUGACACCAACAGAUUCUUCAUCGUCACACACGGGACUUUCGAAAUUGUUUCACCACAACAAAGACAAUAGUCUGAGGGAUACCCUUGCAUCCUCUUCAGGAUCUUCACCACAGCAAGCACCACAUGCGCCACUGGGACCUAGGCGAACUCCAUCCAUGUUUUCACUCAAACGUCGAAACACAAACCCCAUCAAUACAAAUAUUGCAACAAACAGUAACAGAUCGCGGAGUAGCUCUGAAGCUCGAAAUAACCAAAACCAAUUGCACCACCCACAACCUAACCCAACAGGAACAGGAACAGGAGUCGGAGCCGCAACAGGAACAGGAACAGGAACAGGGUCAGCAACAGCAACUCCACAGAGACUGAAACUUUCCAAGGCUGAAACUUUUGCCCAUCUACAACAAUUGGAUACGAGGAAUGCAGCAAAACAACAAUUACGAAAUCACAGAAUCCCUAGUCAUCAUCAAAAUGGCACAGCGUCACCCUCGUCAAAUGCCACUCCUGCAUUGCCAAAUCACGAAAAAAUUGUGUACAAUCCAUACGGAAUAAACAAAUCGACAUCACAAGACUUGCCCAAACAUGCAAGCUUCUACCUCUCAGGUGGUCACGAUGCCGAGAGAGUUGUUGCAAACCCAGUGGCCGACCCAAACAAUUACCUCCCUGAGGAUUUGCGUCAAAAACAUAUUAAUCUUAUAGACGAGUUUGAAAUUGAUGUCAACAAGAAACAUUUGGGUGAUGGUGGCUCGUCAGAUGUGAGAAUUAUUAAUGCUGCACACAGCAAGAAGAGCUUGUUUGCAUUGAAGAAAUUUACUCUUUUGCACAAGGAAACAGAUGAUGAUUUCUACAAAAGAGUUGUUAAAGAGUAUGUGAUACACAAGAGAGCCGCCGCGUCUCGCCAUGUGGUUGAUGUAUUUGCACUUUUACGUAUUCAAAGUCAAGGUAAUUUGACUAGAGGUUGGGGUGUAGUGAUGGAAUUUUGCGGUGGCGGUGAUUUAUUUUCGCUAAUCAUUAGACCAGGAUGGAAACUGAGUCCCUUGGCAGAAAAAUACUGUAUAUUCAAGCAGAUUGCUUAUGGUGUACGUUAUCUUCAUGAACAAGAUAUUGCACACCGUGACUUGAAACCUGAAAAUGUCUUGCUUGACGCAAAUGGGGUUGCAAAAUUGUGUGAUUUUGGUGUAAGUGAUUACGGCCAUACUAUACCCGGUGACUAUUCUUCUGCAUUGAAAUUAUCUUCAUCGUAUGUUGGCUCACCACCAUACUCACCUCCUGAAGUUAUGAUUUUAAAAGACAUGACGCAUACCGAGGCUAAAUCACAUGCUUACAAUAUGUUUGAAAUGGAUUGUUGGAGUUUGGGAAUGUUGUUAUUCUGUCUAGUUUAUUCCGGAGUACCUUUUCAGCAAUCAAGUGUCACUGACCACCAAUAUAGAGAAUACCAAUUUAGUCACAAGAGAUUCUCUUCGGAUCAUCCAAACUUUAAACAUAAUCGAGGUUUUAUGAAAGGUCCUGGAAGUGAUUUCAAAUUGGCUGCAAAAUUCGAAAGCACCGGCGCAUCACGUGUUGCAUGGAAGUUAUGUGAUCCAACUGCUAGCUCGAGGUAUACCAUGGAUCAAUUGAUGGAAGAUACGUGGUUCAAAGCUUUGGAAAUGUGUAUUUAUGAAGAUCCCGAUCAAUCGGUGAACCCCUUUGUUUUGCCUGGAACUGGUGAAAAUGUGCAUACAUAUCCUGCACUGGGAUCCUCAUCAGCAAACACUUCACGCGCACCGUCGAGAAGAGGCACCUUCAUCAAUAGGAGUCAUCAAAAUAUUGGUGGUGCUAGUGCAGAUGGACACGAGAGCAGUUGCGACGAAGCCAAUAUGAGUGGAUCAUUUAAAAGCAUGUUGGAUUUGAAUGUUGUGUCCGAAAAGAUAAAGGAACACGGAGUUGGGGUUGGAACCACAGCGGCAUCAGCAGCAGCUAACGGGAAGAGACCAAUGACGUCUUCGAGCAACAAUUCAGUACAUUCAAGUGAUGGAAAUGCCACGCCACGUACACGUUCAAUGCUUGAUGUAGUAGGUGUAGGAAGCGAAAAUGUAUCAGUACCACCAUCGCCAAAACUUAAUCAGCAGCAACAACAGCAACAGCAACAGCAACAAAACCAACAGCAACAGCAGCAACAUGUGCCUUCCAGUGGUAAUUUACCUGCACUUGAGGAAAGUGAUAUUGAGCACGACCCCCAUUGUGAUAAUUUGUCCGUCUCAAAGCAAGAUGAUUCCUUUGAUCAAUCAAGAGACUCGAUUCCACCAUCUCCAUCGUCAUUGACACAUGCGCCUAUUGAAAAUGAUGUCCACUCUUCGUUCAAGUUACCCCCAGCAGCUGAUAAUGAAAGAAGUAGAACACCGAGUCAAGAUUCAGAAAACAGAGAAGGUGAAGAUGUUGCUAGUGCUGUUAACCAGGAUAGGUCUGUAUAUGCGGACACUGAUAUCAAGCCCAAGAUAUUAAAGAGCUUAAGUGAUCUCAAGCUUGAAGCCGAUGGAACUUGUCCUUUGGGGUACAAGUUGAAAAAGCACCAUCAUUGUGAAGUGAGUAAUGUAGCUAACAAAGGAUUAAGGAGGUAA